AUGGCCAAGCGCGACUUUGGCUCUGCCUUCUCCUACAGCGAGCCUGAAGGCAUGAUAGUCGCGACCGGCAACGGUUUUGACGCUCCCCAGCCUCAGGCGCAGCUGUAUGCACCAGACUCGCCGACUGCGCUGCUCCGCAUUCCAGGGCAAUGGCCACAAGAGCAGAGCUUUGUCGCAGAAGAUGAAGCGUCGCACUUCACCGGUGCUUCCUUCUUCACAACCGAGAGCAAGUUUGCAACUUGCCUGACUUGUAUUACACGUAUCCUCGCAAUGCCUGUGCGCCUUGCGCAGCGCUUCUUGCGCCAGCAGACAAUUCGCGCCCUUCCUGUCAUCAGCGAGCAGGGCGCCAGGAAAAAGCGUCUUGUCGAUGCGGGCCCAGCAGAUGCACCAUACACACCUACGCGACCGCGCGCGAGAGUGACGCGUCGCCACUCCCCUUCAACACCGACGCCCAUAUCUCAACCAACAUUCACGCAACGUGCCAUCAGCCCUGUAUUCUCCAGGCUGAGUGCCGCUUUCCCUGUCACCGCAUCUUCAUUGGCGGACUGGUCGCCAUCGCCAACUCCACCAAGCAAUCGCAUUGUGGACAGCCCGGUUUUGGAGUCUCUUGAUGUGGAUAGCGACGACGAUUUCUCGUUCUCAGAUGUUGUAUCUGGUACUCCACCUCACAAUCCACACACCGGCUCGCCCGUCAAGCGAGUCUGGAACCCCAGGACAUUGGAGUUCCAAGCGCGCUCGCCCGCUAUUCCUCUGCUGCAGACAUCGCCCUCAGGCAGCCCACACAUCAAGCAGUUUUCACCUAGCGCCCAUCAACGCAUUCUCCGCAAUGCAGCAAUCACACCAACACAACGCCAUCUGCAUAGAGUGCAGCUGCGUGCUCGCCUUCGGGGGGCAGCCCCAGGUCCAUCCUCACCACAAGCCGACCACACGAUACCCUCACCAGCGCUGCCUCUUUCUCUCAACAGUGAGUUGAAAGAGCGAGAGUUCAAAGCGUCGGCUCUGAAGCUCAACGCAGAGCAUAUUGCUCACCAGGCGAAUCUGGCCAAUGAGCGGUACAAGGCUGUGCUCCAGACUCGGGACACUAGAAACACCGAGAUCCGUGCUGCCGAGGCGCACGAUGUUGAGACUGCACCAACGAAUCUCGCCCACACUGUCGAUGAAGACCUGUCCACCUUGCCAGAUGCCAACAACGACUACGCUGACUACGAGAACGACCUUUCUUUCUUGGAGGACGCACCUGCCCCGCCUCGGGCAAAAUCUGUUAGAUGGACUGAGCACGGUGAUGUAAAGCCAUUCUACUUUGACGAACGAGUCAGCGAAAUGUUGGAUUCAACGUUGGAGACCAUUGCGUCUAGUCCAGUACGGACAUCUACACACGAGUCUGACUCAAGUGAAGAUGAUCGCGACAAUCUGUCUGUUGCUUCAGAAUCGCCUACCAAAGGCAGUCCUAAGGUCCAGGCCAAUGCAUCCACAGAAUUGGUCGGGUUCCAUGGCGUGCCUGCGGAUACGUGGGACUCCGCCAACGAUGACUCUCUGGACGAAUCGCAGAUAUCUAUCGAGCUAUUCGAAGAGCUGCAAGCGGACCUUGAAAAGAAACUUGCUCUUGCGCCGCGCCCUGUCGUCAAAACGCCACUAGUAGCACCAUUGACCAAGGAUGAAAAGGCCCUGCUCGACUCGGCUGCGGCCAAGACCAACCAUGGAUUGGAUCAAGAUGCUCAUGUUGUCAAGCGCAAACUUUCCGCGCGAGACUUUGGCACUCUGUUGCCUGCGCAAUUCAACGGAAGCGCAAGAGCUUGGCUCAACGACGAGAUCGUCAACGAGUACCUGUCAAUCCUGGUCGGAUAUGAAAAGCAUUCCGCGGGAUUCGAGCACAAGCGUAAUGGUCCUGCACCGCACGUUCACGCCUUCACUUCACACUGGUAUACAUCAAUACAGAAUGGAGCCAAGGCUGUGGAGCGCUGGGCUGGGCGGGUCCAGCUAGCGGGUAAGCAAUACCUGGACGCUGAACUGCUCCUCUAUCCAAUCUGCGACGGAUCACACUGGCGUCUGCUUGCCGUGAAGCCUAAGGCUAGGACUAUCGAGUACCUUGAUUCUCUAGGACUUGGCGGAACUAAGUAUAUCGCCAAGAUGCGUGAGUACCUGGCACACGAACUCAAAGACCUCUACAUUGCCGAAGAAUGGAACGUUAUUGAACACCAACGCAGCGCUCGCCAGCUCAACGGCAGCGAUUGUGGCGUCUUUACUCUUCUGAAUGCUCUUGCACUCCUCCGAGACGAAGAAGCCAAGCGAGUGGUGGCAUGCGAAGGCAUGUUGGAAGCACGCGAACGUAUUGCUAUUACUCUUAUGGCCGGACGCCCUACAACGGAGAUGAACUGA